UUGGUGGGUAUAUUAUAUGUGCGGUCUCAUCAGCAGCGAUUGACACCUAUAGCCGGCACACGUGAGCGUGGAGAACUUCGUUUGGUCAGCUGCGAGCCUCGCAGCUUCUGCAUUGCUUCCAUAUUUAUCUUCUUCGUUUGGUUGAGAGCGGGCAAUUUUCUACUUUCACAAAUCUCUGUCGCCUUCAGGAAUCUGUGUAUCAUCACGUCCUUUUUGUUCAUUCGAAGUUCGAGUAGCUGCUAAUGGCUUCGCCCACUCUAAUCUGCGACACACAGCCAUGGAAGGAGUUGACGGCCCAUACCGAAGAUGUUAAGCGGACUCAUUUACGCGAUCUGAUGAGCGAUCCUGAGCGAUGUGCAUCAAUGAUGGUUGACUUUGAGGGGAUACUGUUGGACUACUCACGGCAGUGUGCUACUCUUGAUACAAUGGAUAAGCUCUUCAAAUUGGCAGAGGCGGCGCAUCUCAAACAAAAGAUAAACAGCAUGUUCAAUGGGGAGCGUAUAAACAGCACAGAGAAUAGGGCAGUGCUUCAUGUAGCACUGCGUGCUUCACGAGAUGCAGUUAUACAAUGUGAUGGGAAGAAUGUAGUUCCAGAUGUUUGGCAAGUUUUGGACAAGAUCCGUGACUUUUCGGAGACAGUCCGCAUUGGUGCCUGGGUUGGAGCUACAGGGAAACCAUUGAAGGAUGUUGUUUCUAUUGGUAUUGGUGGCAGCUUCUUAGGUCCUCUUUUUGUGCACACGGCUCUCCAAACAGAUUCAAAGGCUCUUGAAUGUGCAAGAGGGCGUCAAUUGCGUUUUCUUGCAAAUGUUGAUCCAAUUGAUGUUGCUAGGACCAUCCAUGGACUGAACCCUGAAACCACACUUGUUGUCGUGGUUUCAAAGACUUUCACAACAGCUGAAACUAUGUUAAAUGCUCGUACAUUAAGGGAAUGGAUAUCAGCUGCUCUUGGGCCUGCUGCUGUUGCAAAGCAUAUGGUGGCUGUUAGUACUAAUCUUUCGCUUGUAGAAAAAUUUGGCAUUGACCCCAAUAAUGCUUUUGCUUUCUGGGACUGGGUUGGAGGCCGAUAUAGUGUUUGCAGUGCUGUUGGAGUAUUGCCUUUAUCUCUCCAAUAUGGUUUCUCCAUUGCUGAAAAGUUCCUAGAGGGAGCUUCAAGCAUUGAUAAGCAUUUCUAUUCAGCACCAUUUGAGAAGAACGUACCUGUGCUUUUAGGUUUGUUGAGCGUAUGGAAUGUUUCGUUCCUUGGGUAUCCUGCAAGAGCCAUCUUACCCUAUUCACAAGCUCUGGAGAAAUUUGCCCCACAUAUUCAACAGGUUAGCAUGGAGAGUAAUGGCAAAGGGGUGUCAAUUGAUGGCCUGCCGCUUCCCUUUGAGGCAGGUGAAAUUGAUUUUGGCGAACCAGGAACAAAUGGUCAGCACAGCUUUUACCAAUUAAUUCACCAGGGACGUAUUAUUCCUUGUGAUUUCAUCGGUAUUGUCAGGAGUCAACAACCUGUGUACCUGAAGGGAGAAGUGGUGAGCAACCACGAUGAGCUCAUGUCCAACUUUUUUGCACAGCCAGAUGCCCUUGCUUAUGGGAAGACCCCAGAACAAUUGCAGAAGGAAAAUAUUCCCAAGCAUCUUAUUCCUCACAAGACCUUUUCUGGGAAUCGGCCUUCUCUCAGCCUACUCCUUCCAUCAUUGAAUGCUUAUAACAUUGGACAGUUGUUGGCAAUUUAUGAACAUAGAAUUGCUGUGGAAGGUUUUGUAUGGGGUAUCAAUUCUUUUGACCAGUGGGGAGUUGAGUUGGGGAAGUCAUUGGCUUCUCAAGUCAGAAAGCAGCUGCAUGCGUCUCGUACAAAACAAGAACCAAUUGAGGGCUUUAAUGUCAGCGCUACUACAUUGUUAACAAGAUAUCUAGAGGCAAGCUCGGAUGUCCCGUCUGGUCCUUAGACUCAUAUUCCACUGAUGUAGUUGCUUCUUCAAGUUUGGUCAGUGUCGUCUGAUGAACGUUAAAUACUCAUAUUCCACUGAUGUAGUUGCUUCUUCAAGUUUGGUCAGUGUCGUCUGAUGAACUCUUUAACGUUGGGAUACCAAUAAGCUUCAGUGAAUUUAGGAGCACAGGUUUUUUGUUACCUAGUAACCUCAAACUGUGAACUUUGUUUUAAUGAUUUGCGAAUUGAAAACGUUUAUCUUGAA